AGCAGGCAGAGGGCAUGGGCGAGUUCAUCCCGAGCCCUGCAGGCGAGUGCAUUCUACAGCUGGUGGCGCGUGGCAAUGCCAUCAUUGCGGAGCUGCUUCGGCUCUCGCAGCACAUCCCGGCCGUGUUUGCCGACGGUGGGGCCGGGAGCAAGUACGGGGCGGUCAUUUUUUCGUUCGAGUACCUGCAGCGGAUCGAAUACUACGAGGAGGGCAUCAUGCGGUCGGCGGCUGCGCUAGAGGCCGACGAGGAGUUUCGUGACAACCACCUCGAACUGCUUACUCGGUUCUACAAGACCUUUGAGUCGAUGUAUGUGUACCGGCAGGACUUUCUCGGGUACCUCGACGACCUCGCCCGCGGAGUCUUCAUUCAGCGGACGCUCGAGUCUGUCCUCGCCGACGCUGACGGCAAGCAGCUGGUGAGUGAGGCUGUGUAUCUGUACGGAGUCAUGCUGCUGCUACUGGACAUGCGGAUUCCGGGGCUGAUCCGGGAGCGCAUGCUCAUCUCGUUCUACCGCUACCAAAAGGCGAGCGACAUUGCCAACAUCGAUGAGGUUUGCAAGCUGUGCGCGAGCACCGGCUUUACGCCCGGAAACAAGAAGCCGAAGGACUACCCCGAGUCGCUGUUUGCGCGCUUCCCCCUCCCGCGCAAGGUGGUGGGGAUGGUGCUGGGCCGGCUGCGCAUGGACGACAUCUACGAGCAGGUCGCCAACUACCCAGACCCGGAGCAUCGGUCGGUGGCGCUCGCAGGCCAAGCGUCGAUGAUCUACGUCAUCCUCUACUUUGCGCCAAACAUCCUGCACUCGGAGCCGGCCGUCAUGCGCGAGAUUGUGGACAAGCACUUUCCGGACAACUGGGUCAUCCCGUACUACAUGGGCUUUACCGUCGACCUCUCGCUGCGGUGGCAGCCGUACCGGGCGGCCCGUGACGCGCUGGCCAACACCAUCAAGGUGGCGCAUGUGCGGAGCCUGGUGGCGAGCCAGGUGAGCAAGGUCCCACAGCUGCUGGCAGACACCAAGGCGCUGCUGACCGAGGGCGUGCUCGAGGAGGAGUACGUUAUGAAGGAGAUCCGCGGCAUUCUCAACUUGCUCCGCGAGGGCAACGCCACGCUGCGGUGGAUGGCGCUGCACUCUACGACGGCCAACAAGAAGCUGGCGUCGGCGGUGAACAAGUCUGUAACGCGGCAGCUUGUUCUCCGGCUCCUGCUCGACAUCGCCGAGCUCGAGUUCAAGGUCAAGGACGUGGUGGAGGUUUUGCUGACCAAGAAGCAGGAGCGGUGGGUGGUGGCACGGCAGGAAGCGGUCCACCGGAUGACUGAGCUCGCAGAGUACUUUUCCGGCACUCAGGCGCUAACGCGAGUCGAAGCCAACGCACACCUCCAGUCGUGGUUUGUGGACAUUUCGGACAAGAUUGCCGGCCUCUCGUUUGUUGACCCAACGCUUGCAGGGCGCAAGAUCAAGCAACUCAUUGUGGCACUGGAGGAAGUUGAGUCGCUCCAUCACAUCGACGCCUCGCUGCACGUCAAGGAGUUCCUAGGUGACACGCGCAAGUACCUGCAGCAGAUGCUGUACUACGUCAACAUCCAGAACAAGGUUCUGGUUACGCUUGCUGUGGUGACUGACCUCUCGUACGCGUGGCACAUUCUCGCCAGCUACAUCGACCUGAUGCAGGCGGCGAUCCGGGCGAAUCCCGGGACAAUCGUCAAGCUCCGGUCUACGUUCCGCAAGCUAGCCUCGCUCCUCGACCUGCCGUGCAUCCGCAUCCAGCAGGCCGACUCGCCAGACCUCGGCUCGGUCUCGCAGUACUACUCGUCAGACCUGGUCCGGUUCAUCCGCCGGGUCCUGGAGAUUAUCCCGGUCACUAUGUUUGAGCAGCUCAACAAGAUCAUUGUGCUGCAGACGUCUGCGCUUGCGCCGCUCCCGGCGCGCGUGGAGAAGGCCAUGCUCAAGGAGUUUGCGCAGCUUGACGUGCGCUACGAGCUCGCACGGCUGACGCACUCGAUCUCGGUCUUUACCGAAGGCGUGCUUGCCAUGAAGAAGACGCUUGUCGGUGUCAUCGAGGUCAACCCCAAGGCGCUGCUGGAGGAGGGCAUCCGCAAGGAGCUGGUGGCAGCACUCUGCAAGGCGCUCGACACGCACUUGGUGUUCUCGUCGAAGAAGCCCGAGCUGCUGCCGGCGCUGCAGGCGCUGCAGGCGCGGCUUGCGGGCUUCCGGCUCUCAUUCGAGUACGUGCAAGACUACGUCGGCAUCUACGGGCUCAAGCUGUGGCAGGAGGAGUUCUCGCGCAUUGUUAACUUUUGCGUGGAGCAGGAGUGCAACACCUUUCUCAAGAAGAAGCUCUUCUGGUGGGACUCCAAGUACUACAACGAGGCCGUGCCGAUUGUCUCGUUUCCGGCGCGGGAUGCGGCAUCGAUCAACGGCAUCGGCCGGCUGACGCGAACUCUGCUCGCACUCACGUCGCCGACCACCAACGUGUAUGUGGAAAAGGCCGCGGCCUGGUUUGUGCUCAAGUCUGGCGAGGAGGGCGUGAACCUGGUGACUGCGGCGCACAUGCUCACCUCGCUCUCGGUCUUUGGCCUCCGCGGUGUCGACAAGCUGCUCGGUUUUAUGAAUGUCGCCGCGCUGCAGCGGUUUGUGCGGUCGUACGCCCGCUCGCUCUCGUCGGACGUGGGCCGGUACCUGGCCUCGGUCGAGGACGUGCUCCUCCCGCUCACCUCGUACCCAGCCACGGACGCCAAAACGCUGACCAAGUUUUACGGCGGACUGGUGCAAAAGCUCAAGGCCUGGUGGCCGCUCUUCCUCGAGACGGUGAUCGGCGUCGGCCAGCGCCAGCUCCUCCGCCGGCUGCUGGGCAUUGAGCUGGCGUACACGGCGCGGGUGGACUCGCCGGCGCUCUCGUCGACGCUCGACGCACUCAACAUGUCGCUGCUCAAGGACAUUGAGGCGCACUACCGCGACCCCGAGGUCCACCCGUACCCCAAGGUCUCCAACCCGCUCCUGGCUACCCUCGCCGAGUACCUCGACUCGGCAGGCAAGUCGGACCCGCUCGCGGUCAUCUACGUCACCUCGCCGCCGCUCGGCUCGAUGGCGCUUCUGGUCUUCCUCUUUGUUCUCUCGGUCCUUCCGCAGCUGACCUACGAUCCGCGUCUCGACACUUUUGUCAACUCGUCCAAGAAGGUUGCCCUCGACGGCGCGCCGUUUGUGGUCGGCGUCGUCACCCUGCUCAAGCAGUUUCACGCCUCGGUCACGACCACGUUCCUCAAGUACAUGGGCCAGUACAUCCGUGCCUCGAUGGCUGAAGCCCUGCUCGGCCGCCGCGGCAAGGGCGCCCGCGUUUACUCACCCGAGGUCCGUUCCGCGCUCCUGUUCCUGCACCAGUUCUGCACCUACGGCGGUGCCAAGCGCAAGGACGUGGAGCAGUUUGUGCCGGCCUACGUCGUCGACCGGCUCGGCUGACGGAGUCGAUAAAUUGAGCAGAGGUGCA